CCGCGGGCGGGCGUGGGUCCCGCUGCUCUCUCGGCGCCCCGCCCCGCCCGGCCCCGCCGUGGGACGGGUAACGGUUACCAAGCACUUUCUCAGGCGCGAUUUCUGCUUAGUCAUUGUCUUCCAGGAAACGGUCCCUUCAGUUGGGAGUCAACUCUAGGGCGGCCGCCGCAGUAGCAGCAGCAGCCGCCGCCGCGGCCAGCGCGUCCUUCCCUUCCGCCACCGUCCGGCCUCCCUCGGUCCCGAGCGCAGGCCGAGGUCCCGCCGCGUGGGGCGGCCAGCCUCGCGCUCGGCUCUCCGGCCUCGGGCACCGCGUCCUGCGGGGCGGCCUCCUUCCUCGCCUGCGGCCCCGUCGCCGCCUGGCCCGCCUCCGUCGGCCGCUGCCAUGGGCACGGACAGCCGCGCGGCCGGGGCGCUGCUGGCGCGGGCCCGUACCCUGCACCUGCAGACGGGGAACCUGCUCAACUGGGGUCGCCUGCGGAAGAAGUGCCCGUCCACGCACAGCGAGGAGCUUCGAGAUUGUAUCCAAAAGACCUUGAAUGAGUGGAGUUCCCAAAUCAGCCCUGAUUUGGUCAGGGAAUUUCCAGAUGUCUUGGAAUGUACCGUAUCUCAUGCAGUAGAAAAGAUAAAUCCUGAUGAAAGAGAAGAAAUGAAAGUUUCUGCAAAACUCUUCAUUGUAGGAUCAAACUCUUCAUCAUCAAUGAGAAAUGCAGUUGACAUGGCCUGUUCAGUUCUUGGAGUCGCACAGCUGGAUUCUGUGAUCAUUGCUUCACCUCCUAUUGAAGAUGGAGUUAAUCUCUCCUUGGAGCAUUUGCAGCCUUACUGGGAAGAAUUAGAAAACUUGGUUCAGAGCAAAAAGAUUAUUGCGAUAGGUACCUCCGAUCUAGACAAAACUCAGUUGGAACAGCUGUAUCAGUGGGCACAGGUAAAACCAAAUAGUAACCAAGUUAAUCUUGCCUCCUGCUGUGUGAUGCCACCUGACUUGACUGCAUUUGCUAAACAAUUUGACAUACAGCUAUUGACGCAUAACGAUCCGAAAGAACUGCUUUCUGAAGCCAGUUUCCAAGAAGCUCUUCAGGAAAGCAUCCCUGACAUCCAGGCGCAGGAGUGGGUGCCAUUGUGGCUACUGCGGUACUCUGUCAUUGUUAAAAGCAGAGGAAUUAUCAAAUCCAAAGGCUACAUUUUACAAGCUAAAAGAAGGGGUUCUUAACUAAGACUUAGGAUCGUAACCUACUGACUUAUAUUUCCUUGAAUAUAAGAUAAAAUUGAGAUGUAUAAAAAUCAGUUACUGCUUGUAAAUGGUGUCAUGGAGGCUGAUAUUCUUCAGUUAUAUUUGACAAUGUGUUAUCUGUCAAGUUUUGAAUACUUUUCUUGCCUCCAUAUCAGUUUACUCAUGUGUUUUCAUUAAACUAUCAUUUUCUAAUUGAAAUUGCCUAUAAAGAAAAUACUUGCAAUAUAUUUUUCCUUUAUUUUUAUGACUAAUAGAAAUCAAGAAAAAUUGUUGUUAGAUAUAUUUUGGGCUUAGGUAUCAGAGUAAUGUAUAUACAUAUUUUUUAUUUCCAAAAAUUAAUUAAUGGCUUCUUAUUCUAUAGAGUAAGCAAUUUAAUUACAAUUAUAAAAACUUAAAUACUGGAAGAUAUUUUUUCUGUUAUUGAUAAGAUGAUUAUAUCCCAGAGUAGCUGGAGUGGCUUGGUUCUACUAGUAGGGUAGGUAAAAUUCAUUUCUUCAAUACAUGAAUGAAAACUUAAACUUAACUGUCCUAUCUGUAGUUUACCUAUAAUGAUUUAACUUCUAUUGUUGUGCCAUAUUUUCCUUGCUGUUAUUUCCAAGACAAACCAAAGUAAAUCUGAAAAAGACUAGAAGCUUUUAAAUUAUUAUUUGGGGGUUUUAUAAAAGCAACUGUCAUCAUCUCCAGAUUCUUUUUAAUACUUGAUCCCUCCUUAAUGUUUUGCUGUUCAUUCAAGAAUACUCAGUAAGUAUUGAGUGUUUAUCUAAUGUGCUGGGCACUGUGGGCUCUGGGGAGAAGGGGGGUCACAGAGAGUCAGAAUCAGUUGAGUAAAAUAUGUAACAUUUGCUCCUCACUAAUAACUGACUCGGAGGGACCAACAGCCAGAAAGGAGUGAAAAAAAUCUUUAACUCAAGGGCAACAUUGUCUAUUGAGACAACUUUUUUUGAGACAUGGUCUUAACUAUAUUAAAAAGCAAAAUGAUAUAAUCAAAACUUUUAAACUAGGAGUGUUAUAGAUUGUUUAUUAUAAUUCUGCAUUAGUUUAAGAACCAGAAAAUAGCAAAUAAAUAAGGUGUGGCCUUUGAUAUAGACUACAGGUCUCCCUAGUUCUGUAAAUUUGUAUCUGUAACCCAAAUAGUUAGAAAAGUUCUUCAAAAACUUCUUGUAUGUCAAUCAGUACUUUUAAACCGGGUGUCUUAAUACAUGGUUUAUUUUAAAAAAAAAAAAAAAAAAAAGUACCAUAGGGCGCCUGGUGGCUCAGUCAGUUUAGCAUCUUCCUUUUGCUCAGGCCAUGAUCCCGGGGUCCUGAGAGUGAACCCUUCAUCAGGCUCCCUACUCAGCAGUGAGUCUGCUUCUCUCUCUGCCCCUACCUCCUGCUUAUGCUCUCUCUCACUCUCUCUCAUGAAUAAAUAAUAAAAUCUUUAAAAAAUAAACUAAUAUAUAAAACUAAUUUUUCCCAAGUUUUUUCAACUUAAAAGGAAAGUGUUCCAUAUUCAAAAUAAAUACACUAGGGGCACCUGGAUGGUGCAGUUGGUUAAGUGCUGGAGUCUUAGUUUGGCUCAGGUCACGAUCUCAGGGUCAUGAGAUCAAGCCCCACAUAGGGCUCUGACUCUCAGUGCCAGAAUCUGCUUGGGAUUCUCCCUUUCCCUCUCCCUUUGCCCCAGUGCAUGUGGGUGUGCGUGUGGCAGGUGGGGGGCUCUCUCUCCCUCUCUCAAAUAAAUAGAUCUUUUUAAAAAAAAAAAAAAAAAAAAAAGUGAAUACACCAGACUUUUCCUAUCCUAAAUAAGGUUUUGUAGUUUACUGUUUGGAUAAUUUGAUCAUUAAAAUUAUAACAUGAAUUCAGCUGACUUACUUGCUAUAGAAUUCAUUUAUAUAUAGCCUUAUAUAGCCUUUAUAUUAAUUGUAUGUAAUGUUAUUGAAUGUAUAUAGUUAACUUUUUUAUUUGGAAAUGUGCAACAUUUUUUCAUACAACCUAAGUGUUUAAACAAAUGCUCAUUUUAACUUAAGCCUAAACAGUGAAUUGGUCAAGAUACUUUAAGAGGGAACUUUAUGUCACAUUUAUUCCUUUUUAAAACCCUAGACUUAUAAAAAUGGGCUGUUCAAAGGGUUAUUUUGAAAAUGAAAAAAAAACAACUUAUGUUACUAAUUGGUCCAUAUCUCUCUUCUCUUGACAAAGGAACAAGAUUAUAGAUUCAUUUUGUGAAGGAGAUCAUGUGUGUAUGGAAUUUUAAAAUGAGUUUUUUGUAUGUUUUGUUUCUGUACCUUUAAUUUCUGUUAUUGAAUAACCAUUUUUUAAAAAAUGAUUUUUCAAGACUUGACAAAUUUCCAAGCUGGUGUUCACAUCUUUUUUUUUUUUUUUUUUUUGUAAACUAUCAGAAUAUAGUGAAUGCCUUUCAAAUAUUUGAGGACUUAAUGUUUAAAAAGCCAUAAAAUAAAGAACAGUAAUACUACCAAAUAAUCGCUUAAAGCUGAAAGCUAAGUUAUCAAUAGUGUAUAUAUAACAGAUAUGUCUUCUGGGGAGAGGUGUAUCCAGUGACUCAAGGUAGAAAGAAUUUAUAUAAUUGGGUUUUUUUCCAGUAAACAUGAAAAGAAGCUACAGUCUAUUACAUUUCCAAAAUACACUGGAGCCUUACAUUAACACAAUGUACUGUAACUUAGAAUUUGUUCUGUAAUGAGUCUAUCUUAUAUUCUCAUUCAAGAAACUGUAGUCACCAGAAGGACCAAGAUGUCUUAUAAGAUAUGUUCACAUGGUGUAAAUUUUGUAGACUAUGUUGUGCCAGUAUGCUAGAAGAGUAUCCAUUUAGAGAUAGCCAGUGCUAGGUUGGAUCACAAAUAGCUAAUAAUUUUUCUGUUCUCAAAGAAGAUCUUUUAAACAGCUAUGUGUGGAAUGGGAAAUAAAGUUACUCUAUUUUGAAUGAAUGAUCAAACUUCUCCUUACCAGAGUCAACUAGUAACUCAGUUUUCAGUAAUAGAAGGUCUAAGGUUCAUUUAAUUACAUCUCAUUUUUGAACAAAUUUUCUUCCAACUUUUCCACCCAGCAUUUUCGGUAUUGGGGAAGUGAAAUGAUCAACAGCUCAUCUCUCUGCUAAUUGUACAUUUAGGGAAAUUUAAUGAGAAUUUCAACCAUUUGUUUUCAUAAUCAAAUAUACCAACUUAUGAUUCUGAACAUAUUUUUAUAAAAGUAACUUCCUAAUAUACCGGAACUUGUACCUAUCAUUUCCCCAUAAAUAUGUUGUUGAUGGGAUAUGUCCUAUUUUUGAAAACUGUGUAACAUAACUUUUGUUAAUAUUUUUUAUAGUUUUCAGAAUUAGAAGUACACUUAGGACAGGAAAAUGUUUUCAUUAGAUAAUUCUACUUUUAUGUGUCUAUAAUGGUGUAUUAUAAAUUACAGGCAAAAUAUACAGCAUUAAUAAAUAUUUAUAAUAGUCUUUAAUUUCACCUAUAUUUUGAGUAUUAUGAAUUACUUAAUUAAAAUAAAGUGUAUAUUGUUUGAGUUGUUUGAAUAGUUGAAAGCAUCCUGGAGUAUUAUAUUGAUUUUGACCUAUUUGAAUUCAAAUUGAGUAUGAUUUGAAAAUAAAUUAUGAAUAAUUUUUAAAUAUCCAAGCCAUAAAGCUCUUCAUGCAUUCAUUCAAAGAUUUAUCAAAAGCUUACUAUAUGCCAGCAACUGUAAGAUAUUGGCAGACAGACACAAAUAAUAAAGAACCUCUGUCUUCAAGGAGCAUAUGGUAUAUGUGGUAGAGGGAGAGAGAUCUGUACAUGAACAGGAGCAGUAGAAGCCAUCUGUUAAUGAUCAAAGUGGGGAAAAGGGAUUGGGGGCAUAUAGAAGGAAGUGGGGCUAGGGAAUGUCUACUGCUAGGAGGCUCCCCUUGGAAAAAAAUUAGCCUUAGAGUAGGAUGAGACAAUGAGUGGAUAUUCUGACAGAGACCUUUGUUUGCCUUGUUUGUAAAUAGGCUUUUACUGAAUAUGGACAAUUUAUAUGUAAACUUUAGAAAUUCAGUGAAAACACUUUCUUAAAGAGCUUGCCCUAUGGAUAGAAAAGUACCACUUCUGUUGAGACAAGAGUGAGUAAGGUUGGAAACGUAAUAUUUUACCUUAAACAAAAAAAAAGAGAGGCUAAAACCGAUCCAAAUCCCCCAAAUAGACUAUGGCUGUUAUAGUCUCACUACCAGAAAAGCCAAACAAAACUUUAAUAUGUGUCUCUCAACAGUAAAUAAAUGUAUAAAAUGUCAUACAAGA